GGAAGAGUCUGCAGGCUGAUUUACUGAUCGGCGCAUGUUGUGUGUUGCUGAACAGCGUUCAGAGGCGGAAGCGGGACAAGACGAAGACGCGCUGGCUCAAGAGCUCGGUCGGGAGAGGAGAUGGCUUAGCAGUCCCACAUGCAUACAUGCAGAGGUGGAGUGAGUGAAGCGCGCGGCUGCUCGCCUUUCCCCGGAUCUCUGUCUGCACCAUGAGCGUGGCUCUGCAGGACCUGCGGAACAACAUGUCGAACUACAAGCGUGCAACCUUUGAGGAAGAAGAGGGGUCAGACAUUCCGGCUGAUGGAGCGCUUUCUCCCGACAGCGUGGAGGUGGGUUUCCGGAAAGGUGGAGUCCAGUUGUGUGGUGGAUUAGGACGAAGGACGCAGCUGGAGAUGGUGUUGGCUGUUUUACUUGUGGCCUCCAUGUUAUCACUUUUUGCUUGUGCCAUUACUCUGGGAGUUCAUUACAAAAAUGAUCCGUCGUGUAGCCUGUGUCUGACUGAGGCAUGUGUGACAGUGGCCAGUAAGAUAGUGGAGUCUCUGGAUCGCACAGUUGACCCAUGUCAGGAUUUCUACCAGUAUGCAUGCGGUGGCUGGAUUCGCAAAAACCCCCUUCCUGAUGGACGCUCACGUUGGAGCACCUUUAACAGCAUCUGGGACCAGAACCAGGCCAUGCUCAAACAUCUUCUCGAGAACGGCACCUUUAACUCGAGUAGUGAAGCAGAGAAAAAAGCUCAGUUCUACUACUUGUCUUGUCUGAAUGAGCAGCGCAUCGAGGAGCUCGGAGCCCAGCCACUCAUUGACCUCAUCUCUAAGACAGGGGGUUGGAACAUCACUGAGCCAUGGGAAAAGGAUAACUUCAUGGAGGUACUGAAGACAGUCUCAGGCCCAUAUAGAGCGCAGCCUUUCUUCACUGUGGGAGUUAGCGUGGACCCUAAAAACUCAAACAGCAAUGUAAUUCAGGUUGAUCAAUCCGGGCUCUUCCUUCCCUCCCGGGAUUAUUACCUCAAUAAGACUAAUGAGAAGGUAUUAAAGGCAUAUCUAGACUACAUGGUGGAGCUUGGGCUGUUACUGGGAGGCGAUAAAAACUCCACUCAGAGUCAGAUGCAACAGAUUUUGGACUUUGAGACGGCACUUGCCAACAUCACAGUGCCCCAGGAUGAGCGCAGGGACGAGGAGAAAAUCUACCACAAAAUCACCAUCGCUGAGCUGCAGAAACUUGCACCAGCAGUGGAUUGGCUGGACUACCUGACCUCUGCCCUUUCACCCCUGGAGCUAAAUGAUACAGAACCGGUAGUCGUGUAUGCCAAGGAAUACCUGCAGCAAGUCUCAGACCUCAUCAACAAGACUGACCGCAGUUUGCUGAAUAACUACAUGAUUUGGAAUCUGGUGCAGAAAGGAGCAUCCAGUCUUGACCAGCGCUUCGAGAAUGCCCAGGACAAACUCCUGGAGAGUCUAUACGGCACCAAAAAGUCAUGUACACCUCGCUGGCAGACCUGCAUUGGAAACACAGACGACACUCUGGGUUUUGCUCUGGGUGCACUGUUUGUUAAAGCCACAUUUGACAAAUACAGCAAAGAGAUUGCUGAGGGGAUGAUCAAUGAGAUUAGAUCUGCUUUUAAAAGUGCUUUGAACCACCUCACGUGGAUGGAUGAAUGGACACGGCAAGCUGCCAAGGCAAAGGCUGAUGCCAUCUAUGACAUGAUCGGUUUUCCAGACUUCAUCCUGGACCCCAAGGAGCUGGAUGAAGUAUAUGACGGGUACGAGGUCUCAGAGGAUAACUUUUUCCAGAAUAUGCUCAACUUCUACAACUUCUCAGCCAGAGUGAUGGCAGAUCAGUUGCGCAAACCUCCCAACAAAGACCAAUGGAGCAUGACUCCGCCUACAGUUAAUGCAUACUACAUGCCUACGAAGAAUGGCAUUGUGUUUCCUGCUGGAAUCCUACAAGCUCCGUUCUAUGCCCGGGACCACCCCAAAGCACUAAACUUUGGGGGCAUUGGUGUGGUCAUGGGGCAUGAGCUUACUCACGCUUUUGAUGACCAGGGCAGAGAGUACGAUAGGGAUGGAAACCUAAGGCCAUGGUGGCAGAACUCUUCUGUAGACGCUUUUAAGAACCGCACAGAGUGCAUGGUGGAUCAGUACUCUCAGUACACCAUUAAUGGCGAACAUAUAAAUGGCAAACAAACCCUGGGAGAGAACAUCGCAGACAACGGAGGCCUAAAGGCUGCCUAUCAUGCUUAUAGGUCAUGGGUAAGGAAGAAUGGGGAGGAGAAAAGACUCCCAGCUGUCAAUCUAACUAAUGACCAGCUCUUCUUUGUGGGGUUUGCACAGGUUUGGUGUUCUGUACGGACACCAGAGAGUGCUCACGAAGGCUUAAUGACAGAUCCUCACAGCCCACCCAAAUACCGUGUCAUUGGCACACUGUCUAACUCUCCUGAAUUCGCUGAGCAUUUCCAGUGUCCACUCGGCUCACAAAUGAACUCGGGCCACCGCUGUGAGGUGUGGUAAGAGCAGAAAAACAGCAGGUCUGCAGGUUUGCUUUGCUUCAACCAGUGGAGCAGAUAGACUUUGCCUUUUCUCAAGCACUGGACUACUACUUCUUUACAUUUUUCUUGUAGAAUAUGAAAUGUUGUUGGAUAUGAAGCUGAUUUAUAAUGGGUAGUGCCAGAGCCAGGAGGAUACACAGAGUGUGUUAGCCGUUGUUUGUUUGUCCAGCAACUGAUGUCCUACUCCCCUUCUGCACGGCCACAAAAAGCCCACGCUGGGCUGUCCUAUUUAUUUUUUUGCUGCACUUGUACUUAGGUGUGGUAGAACGACAAGGGUUGAAGAAGCUUUUCUAUGCUUGUGUGAUUUUUUUUGUGCUUCAGCUGGACAAGACUUAUUCUCCCAGGAAAAAACAAACAAAAACCUGUGAUGUCAGAGGGAGUGCCUGAUCUCACUUUGACUUCACAGGAAGCGUUUGAAUCCGUCUAUGACCUCAAAGGAAGUGCCAUACUGUCUCAGUAACUUCACAGGAAGCAUUAGGAAUGAGAACUGGCUGAGCCUCAUCUGCCAGGGAGCCCACAGGAAGGAAGUGACAUCAUACUUCUCUGUAUUUUAAUUUUGCCAAGUGGCUUACUUCUGGUUGUUACUUUGUAAUGGAGGACGGCCACCACUCCAUCAUCCAACCUGUGUUUUUUUCUUUUUUCCAUUCACUUAUUUACAAGUUGACAAAGUUGAAGUGACCUGGUUGCAUAAACUGCUUUUUGCCAAAGAAUGUUUGAGAUCUUUUUUUUUUUUUUGUUCCAUGUGUUCUGUAUGAAUGUGUAGAAAAACUUUUGCUUUUGCUCUACAAGUAAUCAUGAGGUGUGUUUGCAUGUGUGUGUGUUUAUUUUAAGGUUUCUCAUUUUGUGUUGAACAUUCAAUGAUGUCUAGCCUGCUUAAUUAAUUUCAAAUCAUUAUUUAAAGAAACCACUAAAAGAAAGGCGAUGUUUCAGGCUGUAAGAGUGAAUUGUAGCGUGCAGGGAAAAUGAACCCAUGAACCGCUGCUGUGGGCUACUUUGUCUGUGAUGUACAGUUUAAAUUCUCUGAGCAACUUUAGUUUUAUAAUGUAUUGCAGUGCUUCACCAUGAAAUAUCAUCAUGGAAAAUAAGCAAACGAGGAUGAGUUCCUGUUACCAUGAAUUCGCACUGAUUUGUCAUUGUAACCGCUCUACCAUGCAUAUUAGCCAUUUUAAUACUUCGGUGGGUUAUAAUAUUUGUUUGCUUCAGUUGUUUAUUUAUAUACUUUAAAGGAGCAGUCAUUAAAUACGAUAGCGUUAUGUUUACAAAGUGCAUUGACUGACCGGCCACGGUCUCAUGGUUUAUAAAGGAGAAUGUCAUUAGCCACCUCUCCGUCACCUCUUCAGCCCAAAGAAUACUGACAGUUUGUGUUUUAAAGCUGCUGAUGUAUGACUUUGUUCAUCCACCACCCUUUAAGUGAAACUUUCUAGCUUCGUCACAUUUUAAAAAGCGCUAUACCACUGAAUUGUUUCAGCCGGAUGAUCACAAAAUCCACACGUUGUAUCUGGUACAAUGUUAACUGUGCUAUUUUGUCUGUUGCUGUUUUGUUUAGUCUCUAUCCAUCGUUUAGACAUACAGUAGGGCUCAGAUUGUAAAAACUGUUCAACUGUCUUAUUUAACUGGGAGGGGUUUCGUGUCACCUGUCUUAUAAUGCACCUCAGCUGCAGUGUCUGUGUCUCGGUGUCAACAGUUCCUCAGUUUAUCAGUCUCCUAAUGACAGGUCUGGAAUCUCAGGCUACUAUUUUGUCACGUGUGUUUAAUUAAACCCUGUUUGAAGGCGUGUUUUUUGCCUAAACAA